GCGCAGAGCCCGCGGGGAGGCCGGCGGCCGCGGCUGCCUACGUGACGUGCGGAGCGUGUCCCGCGGCGCUCGGCCCGGCGGCCGCUGUCCUCUUCGACGUGCAGGCCGCGCGGCGACGCUCGCCCUCCCGACCGGCGGGCUUUCUGGGGUCUUGGGCAGGAUGCGGGCGGUCCCUGAGCGCGGCCGGUGCCUCCGGGUGGUGGGCGCGGAGUCGCCCUGCCUGCUGCCCUGCUGUCCGACCUGCGUGCUUGCAGCUCUGCGCCGGUCCAGUGGCCCCGGCGACGGGUCUGCCCCUCGUUAAGGUGGUGAAUAUUUUAUUCUGCUGGGAAAUAGAAGAGUACUUUGAGUAAAAAAUAUGCCUCCCAAGUUCAAGCGCCACCUAAAUGAUGAUGAUGUCACGGGUUCAGUGAAAAGUGAAAGGAGAAAUCUUUUGGAAGAUGAUUCAGAUGAAGAAGAGGACUUUUUUCUAAGGGGGCCAUCUGGACCAAGAUUUGGACCCAGAAAUGAUAAAAUUAAGCAUGUUCAGAAUCAAGUGGAUGAAGUUAUUGAUGUCAUGCAAGAAAAUAUUACAAAGGUAAUUGAAAGAGGGGAGAGACUAGAUGAACUGCAGGACAAAUCAGAAAGCUUAUCGGAUAAUGCAACUGCUUUUAGCAACAGAGCCAAACAACUUCGAAGGCAAAUGUGGUGGCGUGGAUGCAAAAUAAAAGCCAUCAUGGCUUUGGUUGCUGUCAUCCUUUUGCUAGUGAUUAUCAUUCUUAUAGUUGUGAAAUACCGUACUUGAUUUGAUGGCAGAGAUCUUCAUUAAACAAGAUCUGGGACAAUAAUAAUAAUAAUAAAAGAUCGCUGUAUAAUUUAAAUGAAAUAUAUGUAUAUAACUUCCAAAACUUCUUUCCAAGAAACUAAGAGGCAGGUAUCACUUCAAAUUGGAGCAUUGAGAAUGUUGAAUUAACUUCUUCCCUUCUAACAAAAUGUGCUUAUAAUAAUUAUGUGUAACACAAAGUAACUAUAUUCUAAGGAUCUAAUUUGAAACUCGAUACUUGCCAGUUCAUUAUUUGUGUAUAUAGUUAAAUACUGAUGGCAGUGUUUCAUACUAGUGUUUUAGUGGCACAAGGACUUGGAUUAGUGCAUGGAGAUGAGGUCAGGAAGCCUGUGUAGCAUACCAGACUAAUAAGCUAAGAGAUGCACAACCAUCAACAUUUGCAAGAAUAUCAUUCUUUUCAUAUUACAGUUGCUUUGAAAGCAGUUUCCACAUGUUUACGGGUGUUAACAAAAGCUAAAUGUUGUAAAUGUUUCUGCCUUCAGCUAUAACUAAGAACAUUCCAGUAAACCUACUUCCAGUUGUACAAGGGAAUGGAUUAUGGAAAUGGAAGUUUUAAACAGGAAAGAGCAUAGUAUGGCACCAUAAUCUGGAGACAAUAAAAUUAUUGAAGAAUGUUGUUGAAGUGUUUGAAAAUGACCAAUAUUUAUAGCUUUGAGUCAUGGUCCAGUCAGUUGUAAAACUCCAGUAAGAAGGGACCAGUCCUAGUAUGGGUAAAUAAAAUCCACAGGUAACUUUUUCCUUAAUUUUACUUCUUUUAGUUUUUCUCUUUAACUUUUACCCUUUUGCCUGAAAUGCUAAGCUUAGCCCAGUCCCUGUUCUGGCUUUCAUGUCUGUGUUCUCUGAUUAUACUCGCAGAGCCAGACCUUGCACAGUCUAGUGUCAGAACAGGGUAAGUAGUAAAAACUGGGGGAACAGGUUCCUCUGUAGACUGCCAGUCGGCAACCAAGUGCUGCGGCAUCACCAUUAACCUCGCCUGUUCUUAUGGUGGUUAAAUAUAUUAAUUUUAAAAUGCACUGACUUCCUUGUACUGUUUAAACAGGUGAAGAGAAGAUGCAUGCACAUGGGCGUCCUUGGUUGGAGGGGGCAGAAAUAGGUUCAUGGAAAUGACCAGUAUUUAAAGGGGGAAGUAAUGAUCUGGUUUAACAGAUUUCAUUUCUUUGGUCAUUUUAAUUCAAAAUGUCCCAAACAUAGAAUGUAUUUGUUUGAUUAAUUCUACAUUAUUAGUACCAGGAGGCAAAAUAUUCUAUUUAGAAUAGAAAGAAAUUUGGAGAAAGUAGAUUAAAAAAUACUCAGGACACUUUCAAGUUACAAAGAUCUCAAUAUAAUUGCUAAAUUUCAUAAUUUUCAUAGAACAUUGGAAAAGAGAUCUAGUCUUACAGACUGCUGGGUGUUGUCUCUGGGGUCUCCUUCUCUAGGUGUCAAUUAUAUAAACAACAUCUGAACUGCUAGUACAUUCUUUGACAAAGGAGGGUACCCAAAAAAUGAGCAUUUUUAGACUUUCAGUAGCUAAUAGUUCAGGAAUGGAAAUGUUUUAACUGAAUUGGCAGAAUCAGUCCUGAUAUAUGUAUGUAUGUUUUUUAUUUAGAUUGGAACAUACUUAUAAAUGGUUAAUUUUCCAUUAGUUGGUGUAGAAAUCUGAUUUCUUUAGAAUAUAUAUUGGCAAAGAUGAAGAUUAUUUCUUAAAAAGACCACAUUUCUAGUGUUUCUUUUGGUAAAGUAUGCCACUUUCAAAGAAAUAAUUAUUAAAAUAAAAUUAUUUUUAAGAUUUUUAAACAAAAAUAAAGGAAAUAUUUAUAUGACAAUAUUGUAUAUAUGCAGUUGUCUUUGUAUUUAAAUAUAUUGCUGCUGGGAAUACCGGUGGUAGACAUGUGACUCUGGGAACUUGGCAGUAUAGAGGCUUGGUUCACAAUUUAUCAUUUUGUCUGUCCUGGUGUUGAUUAAUCCUGAAACCCUAAAAAGCCUGGCAUGUUUGUGACAUUUUUAUGGUAACAUUGGAAACAGAGCUGUUUUAAGAUCAAAAAACAAAACAGUUCAAAUUGAUGUCAGACCUACCUUCAUUCCUGCCCUUAAUCACUCUUUUUCUCAUUCAGCUCAGAUCAUCUUGUACUUGAAAAAAUGAAGUUUUACCACCAUCAAAACUGUCAUUAUUUAAAACAGUGAAGAUCAACAGAAAAAUUCAAAUAGCUUUGUAAAAAGUGGUUGAUACCCAGUGAAGUCAGGUCGCAGUUUUUGUGUGUGAAACAUGCCCUUGUGACCUGUGUUUAACUGCAGAAUUGUCUUUCAGCAGUUUUGUGAUCAUAGUACUCACGGGUCCUUGUCCUGAUUUUCAGUCGGUAAUAGAUGUGGACUUUCGACUCCUCUGUCCUAGCAGAGUUCACUAGGAAAUGCCCUAAGAUGUUACAGACCGGGAGAUGGCUUUGUUAAAGGGACGUUCAAUUGUGAAACCAUGGAAGGAGGCCACUUAGUACACACCGGGAUGGAAGUACCUCGCAGUAGCUCCCUGUACUCCUGCUGGUGCAGUCUUUCUGUGCAUUUCUGUAUGCUGCAUUAGAAAAUUAUAGUGUUGCCAUUUUUAUUAACAAAAAUUGGCAUCUUCGAAUCCUGUGUGGCAUGCGUGUCCUUUGAGUGCUUCUGUGUGCAUAGACCAAGCUCUCGCGUUGCCAGCACCUUCUUCAGCUGGCUCCAUGUGCUGUCAGCAUUGUCACCCACCCCUGCUCUGAGUCCAUGUCUGUAUCUACACGGUGGUUGAAAAUAUGCAAGAAAUUGUGUUUCCAUGUUGAGAACAUGUGCCACUAAAUGGCUUUAAUUGUAUCGUAUCCGAGUCUCAUUCAGUCCUGUUCUGGUAAUCUGAUUUUGUCUUCACACGGAAAUGUGCUUGGAGGCUGUGAUCACGUCAGUGCCGGAAAUGGCCACAAAGCAAUUCAAAGACAGUGGCUCCUCAGAGGCUGACGGGUGCUGUACGCCGUGAUCCCUGCGUAGGUGCUUUGUCUAUGUUAUAGACAGAAUGACCCCACCCCUUAGGAUGCAGGGUGUGGGCAGGCAGGUUUGUGUUUUGGUUUUGGUUUGUUCUUUUGAGGUGGGGUCUUGCUACGUUGCCCACACUAGGCUCAGACUCUUGCCUGAGCCUCCAGAGUAGCCAGGACUAUGGAUCUGUGCCACAUACCUGGCUUUCUGAGUUUAAUGUUAGUCUUACUCCAUCUUUGCUUUUGUUUUUCCUGGUUUUCUUGUUUUUCUGUUUUCUGUCCCCCUAGGAAUCAGUUAGAAUGAGGAACAUGGACAUGAACUCUGAUUCUAGCUGCUUAGAACACAUGAGUAGGAAUUAAAAGGAAAGCCUGACCGACCCAGUGUUAGUGGAUCAACAAGCUAGAGAGCAGGGACCACACCCUGCUCCUGUCCCCAGCCCUCCACACAGUGCUGUGUGCCUGGCAGGGGCUGGAGGACUGUGUUGCAUGGAUAUGCCUUGAAAGUCACGAAGACCCCAGCAUGCUGGUGUGUAAGUGAGAGCCGACUUCCCCAGGUUCACUGGAGAGGGGACGUGGUUGACGUAAUGGGACCUUCAGCUUUACCUAGAAGUCAUAGUUCUUAACACUGACUGAGUAUAGAAAAUUCUGAUUUUACAAUAUUCUGUUAGAUUCUUUUCAUUUGAAAUCAAGUCACGUAUUAAUUACUGUAUGGCUACAAAGUAAAUUGCAUAAAUCAAGAGAUUUUAGUCAGUAAAAUGUCAAAAACCAAACUAAGAAAAUUGAAGCACUUAAUCUUGUACCUGGGUGUAUGUCAUCAUUUACCUUCCACACUCUGUAACUUACUCAUUUGCUAAGUGCCUUUGACAUUUAAGAUGCAUGCUGGGAGACAAGCAGAUGUAAACGUCGUGUGCCCUGCUCUUGAGCCUCUUGAUUCCUCAUAACCAUUUUUUCCCAGUGUUGCAAAGUUUGGUCCUGUGUGCGCUUAUAAGAUAUGUAUUUGUAGCCUCUCCCUAGUGAACAGUGAAAUAAACUAUUUCAUA